AUGGCGGUGGCGGCAUCGGCGUCGCGGCGGCUCCGGGAGCUCCAAUCCCGGCCGGGGAACAAGACCUGCGUCGACUGCUCCCAGAAGAACCCGCAGUGGGCGUCCGUCUCCUACGGGGUCUUCAUGUGCCUCGAGUGCUCCGGGAAGCACCGCGGCCUCGGUGUCCACAUCAGCUUCGUCCGCUCCGUGACGAUGGAUUCGUGGUCGGAGAUCCAGUUGAAGAAGAUGGAGGCCGGAGGCAACGAGCGCCUGAACGCCUUCCUCGCCGAGCGAGGCGUCCCCAAGGAGACGGACAUCCCGGCCAAGUACAACACCAACGCCGCCGCGGCCUACCGAGACCGGAUCCAGGCGGUGGCCGAGGGCCGCCCUUGGCGGGACCCGCCUAUCGUGAAGGAGAACCUACCCGCGGCCGCCGGGGGUUCCGCCUCCAGGAAGCCUCCUCUCGGGCAGAGCGGCGGCGCGUGGGACAGCUGGGAGAGCGAGGAUGUCCGAUCCGCCGACAUGAGAAGGAAUCAAUCCGUGGGGGACUUCAGGAGGGGGCACGGCGAAAGGGCGAGCACGGGAAUGCAUCCUUCCAGAUCCUCGGGGGACAUGUACACGCGGACGCAGCUGGAGGCCUCUGCCGCCAACAAGGGAGACUUCUUCGCGAGGAAGAUGGCCGAGAACGAGUCGAGGCCCGAGGGGCUUCCUCCCUCGCAAGGGGGCAAGUACGUGGGGUUCGGCUCCUCGCCUGCCCCGUCGUCCCAACGGAAUAACCCACAAGGCGACGUUCUCAGAGACACCGUCUCCGUUGUCUCUCAGGUACCAACUUUUCAAGAGCACUGUGAGAGAUGAUGUCCGUCCUAUGGGCCUGUCCAAGUCCGCAUGACAAUUUCGUCGUCCUCUUUCUCAGGGUUUGGGCCGACUUUCCCUGGUGGCCGCUUCUGCUGCCAGCGUGGUUCAGGCGGGAACAAAGGAGCUGACUUCGAAGGUACUUUCUGACGUCUUAGUGUAGAAAAUUUGAGGAGAAGCAGGCCACAGAUGUCCACUCAUCCGUGCUCCCUGGUAUCGUUGAUGGGGAAGAUGGUGUCCAAAAUGGGUACCAUAUUAUAUGCGUGAUCGUCUACCCAAUUCUGUCCAAAGCCUGGAAAGAGGGGGUAGUAGCCCCGUUUCUAUUCCAUCACAUUUUAUCCAUGAAAAAGAAGUAUAAGCAAUCAUGCUGUCAUUUCUGACUCCCAUAUCAUUGGUGACUGCACUGGGAAUUAUACUUGGCAGCCGUCCUAAGGUGGGAAGAUCAAAUUUCUUAUGAUGUGUGAACCUUUUAAUGGUUCUAGUCGUGCUUUUUUAUAUACUAUGUCUCGAGGAUAAUCGUUUUUGAAGUAACGGACCUGAGGAAGUCACUCUACUGUGUCGAUUAUUACCUCGUGUGCUGUAAUUGAACCUGAUAAAUUUCCCAUCUUUCUACUCACAUAAUAGUUUGCCGCCUCCCAGGCUCAUCCCAGGAUAUCCUUUUCCUUAUUCAUUCGUGGGAUUCAUCUCCAUGCAUUUACACGUGUAUAAAUAGUUCCUUACGUUUUAGUCUCCUUAGUAGGAAGUCAGAGCUGAAUGGAUAUGGAUCCUCAACCAGGCACUAAAUAAAAUCGUAGCCCCUGAUCUUUGUGCGCUGAUUGCUAUUGCAGGUGAGGGAGGGUGGCUACGACCAGAAGGUGAACGAGACGGUAAGCGUCGUCACUACCAAGACCACUGAGAUCGGUCAGAAGACAUGGGGGAUCAUGAAGGGGGUCAUGGCGCUGGCCUCGCAGAAGGUCGAGGAGUACACCAAGGAUGGGUCAUUCGGGGGGUCCCACCAGGGCCAGAGCGGCAGCAACGGCUAUUACCAGGAGUUCAGGCAGGAGGGUAGCAGGGGCUGGGACCCACCCGGGGUCAACUCCUCUGCAAGUCGCUAUGACUCCGUCAGCUCCUGGGAUGACUGGGACCGGAAGGAGAAGAUCAACGCGCCGGCCAAAGAGGUCCAGAGUGGCGGCGGGGAUAGCUGGGCCGGUUGGGACGAUGGGAAGGACGACGGCGGCGGCGGGAACUACCACCAGAGCUUCUCUCAGAACAAGGGCUACUCUCAGAAUGGGAGAUCUGGUACUUGGUCCGAAGGCGGUUUCUUCUAA